CAUUCGCAUCUCUCUCACUAUAUUCUCUCAUCUUCCUCUUCUACUUGCUCCUUCUCCAAUAUUUAUGCACUUCUUCUCUAGCACUUUCUCACAUUAGGGCCAUUCCUCCAGAGCAGAACAAACAAGAAACAGCCAGCAAGUAGUUGCUUUGCUGGCGAAAGAAGAGUCUUAGUCUUGUUGUGUGGUUCUGAGAAAGAGCCAAUGAGCCUUCAAACUGCAGCAAAGUCAAGCAACGCCCUUGAGGGUAUCCAUGGAGUUCACGUCGUGUCGCCUUUCUCAUACGACCGAACAACCCAAGUUGGUGACUUUCAGACCAAUAAAUCCUCAGAAAUGGGAACAAAUCAAAGACUUUUCAUCGAACGUGUUUGGCAACAAAGACCUCCAUGUCUAAGGCCAAUCCAUUGCUGCAUUCGCGGGGACCAGAGUGUCUUAGAAACAGCAGCUAAUGUGGCUACUUCGCUUCCUUUCAUCUUCCUUGGAAUGCAAGCACCAAGGAAGAAUCUGAACACAAAAGUGUACGCAAACUCUCUUAUUGGAGUUGGAAUCGCUUCGAGUCUGUAUCAUACCUCUAGAGGAAAGUUGAGGAAGUACCUGAGAUGGCUAGAUUACACUAUGAUCGCCACAACAACAAUAUGUCUUUCAAGGGCUCUAAGGAAUGAGAAUCCAAAGUUCUUAAUGGCUGCAUCAGCUUUAGUUCUACCGUUUCAACCUCUAAUGGUCUCUGCUGUUCAUACCGGAAUGAUGGAGGUGGCGUUUGCUAAAAGAAGUUUAAAGGAUCCAGAUCUCAAAACAGCUCAUAACGUGCACAAGAUGUCUUCGUUACUAGGAGGUGCUCUCUUCCUAGCUGAUGAUUUCUUUCCCGAGACACAGUUCCUUCACGCUGGUUGGCACCUUGCUGCAGCCAUUGGAGUUGGAACAUGUAAUAAGCUUCUUGAAUAGUAGAUAUGGGAAGUUAUCUAUUCUUGGAACAGAGAAACCAAAAUAGUUUCUCUGUUACUCCUAAUCAGCCGACAUAACUAAGAAGCAUUGUAGUCAGUAAUAUCUACGUAAGUUCUACUAGAUGGUGUUUGCAUGAUCAUGUAAGAACGUUAUUGAAAUUAUAAAAAUCCAUGCAAUAGG